ACUGCUGCCAGCGUUCAGGGGUUCAGAUGCCAACUCCCCCUCCAAGUGGAUACAACGCGUGGGAUACGCUCCCUUCGCCUCGAACUCCACGCACUACUCGUUCUUCUGUAACUUCCCCCGAUGAAAUCAGCCCCUCACCAGGAGACAUUGAGACAGCUGUGUGUGACAUUUGUAUGUGUACUAUUUCUGUGUUUGAAGACCCAGUGGAUAUGCCUUGUGGACAUGACUUCUGCAGAGCAUGCUGGGAGGCAUUUUUGAAUCUGAAAAUUCAGGAGGGUGAAGCUCACAACAUUUUUUGCCCAGCAUAUGAUUGUUUCCAGCUUGUGCCUGUAGACAUCAUAGAAAGUGUGGUUUCUAAGGAGAUGGACAAAAGAUACCUUCAAUUUGACAUUAAGGCCUUUGUUGAAAAUAAUCCUGCUAUUAAAUGGUGUCCUAUACCAGGCUGUGAAAGAGCAGUAAGGCUAACAAGACAAGGAUCAAAUUCAACAGGAUCAGAUACACUUAGCUUCCCUAUGCUAAAAGCCCCUGCUGUAGAUUGUGGAAAAGGACAUCUUUUCUGCUGGGAAUGUCUUGGUGAAGCACAUGAACCUUGUGACUGCCAAACCUGGAAGGACUGGCUACAGAAAAUAUCUGAAAUGAAACCAGAAGAACUUGUGGGAGUGAGUGAGGCGUAUGAAGAUGCUGCCAACUGCCUGUGGUUACUAACAAACUCUAAACCAUGCGCCAACUGCAAAUCUCCAAUUCAGAAGAAUGAGGGCUGCAACCACAUGCAAUGUGCUAAGUGCAAAUACGACUUCUGCUGGAUAUGCUUAGAAGAAUGGAAGAAGCACAGCUCUUCCACUGGAGGCUACUACAGAUGCACUCGUUAUGAGGUUAUUCAGCAUGUGGAGGAACAGUCCAAGGAGAUGACAGUAGAGGCUGAAAAGAAACAUAGAAGAUUUCAAGAGCUUGAUAGGUUUAUGCACUAUUACACAAGAUUUAAGAACCAUGAACUUAGCUACCAGUUAGAACAGCGCCUUCUAAAAACAGCCAAAGAAAAGAUGGAGCAGCUGAGUAGAGCUCUUAGUGGAACUGAGGGAGGCUGUCCGGAUACCACGUUCAUUGAAGACGCAGUGCAAGAGCUUCUAAAAACUCGCCGUAUUCUUAAGUGUUCUUAUCCAUAUGGAUUCUUUUUGGAGCCUAAAAGCACAAAGAAAGAAAUAUUUGAACUUAUGCAGACAGACCUAGAAAUGGUCACUGAAGACCUUGCACAGAAAGUGAACAGGCCUUACCUUCGGACUCCUCGCCAUAAAAUCAUCCGGGCAGCUUGUCUUGUGCAGCAGAAACGGCAGGAGUUUCUGGCCUCUGUGGCCCGUGGUGUUGCUCCUGCAGACUCUCCCGAAGCACCCAGGCGCAGCUUUGCUGGUGGAACAUGGGAUUGGGAAUAUUUAGGAUUUGCAUCCCCCGAGGAAUAUGCUGAAUUUCAGUAUCGGAGGAGGCACAGGCAGCGUCGACGUGGAGACAUGCACAGUCUGCUGAGUAAUACCCCGGAUCCUGACGACCCCAGUGAGAGUACAUUAGAUACGCAGGAAGGUGGCAGUAGUAGAAGACAUGGCACCUCCAUGGCUCUGAGUUCUUUGGAUGAAGAUGACCCAAACAUCCUGCUAGCUAUUCAGUUAUCAUUACAAGAAUCUGGCUUGGCCAUAGAUGAAGAAACUAGAGACUUUCUAAACAAUGAGGCAUCUUUAGGAGCAAUAGGGACCUCUUUGCCUACAAGAUUGGACUCUGCUCCCAUAAGUAUAGAUAAUCCAAGAGGCGCUUUGAGCAGCUCUGAGCUUUUAGAACUCGGUGACAGUCUGAUGAGACUAGGUGCAGGCAGUGAUCCCUUUUCAGCUGAUCGUCUUCAUUCACACCCCUGCAGCGAUCCAAGAAGUGGAUUAUACUCGACAUCUAGUGACGCUGACUCCAGCAGUCAGGAUCCCAAUACCAAUGAAAAUCUACUUGGAAAUAUUAUGGCCUGGUUUCAUGACAUGAACCCACAGAGCAUUGCUCUGAUCCCCUCAACAAGUACAGAAACGGAUGAGGAUUCACAGCAACCCAGUACUGAAGAUGGGUUGGCAGGGCAGCCGAAUCUCAUAGACACAGGGCGGGAGCCUCAGGAAGAGCAUGCACUAUUUGAGGAUGCACUCAAAAAUGAAGGCAGAGGAACCCAAACAGAGGAAAGCACUUCUGAAGAAAAUGUUAUUCCAGGUGAAACAGUAUCACAAAGCGGUGAUAAUAACCGGGAGAUGACAGGCACCCGGGAUGCUUCAGGAGAUCCUUCAAGUCAGACUCCUCAAACCUCAAGUGAAUGGAUUGAACAUGUGCAUCUGGUAUGAGUAAGAACUAAAUCUGGAGUAAAGGAAUGGCGGUGACAGAUGGUACAGUGUGUGGAGUAAGCAUUAUGGAGGCUUUGAUCCACAUAAUUACAGCUCAGUUGUAACCACUGAUGUAACAACGGAUAUUUAGGAGUUCUCUUGAAUUGUAGUUCUUUAUAAUAAUGUGAACCUUUCAAGGAAUGUCCUUUGCAUUUAAUUAGGUAGUACUUGCCUUUUCGCUCUCAAGAAAAAGGAAUAAGUAGGUUGUAUUCCACAUUCCUAAUACAAUGCAGCAUCUGUUUAGCCUUAGGUUGAUGAUCCUUAACUUGAAAGUAUGGAUUAAAGGCUUACACUGAUUAUUUUGGUUGGUUUUCCUAAGAAAUAGUUUAUUACAUUUUUUAGAACUCAUUCUUUCAUCAAAAUAACACUUAGCAAUUCAUUUGCAUUUUGGUUUUUCGUUUUCCCUAACUUUUCCUUACUCAUUUUUCAUUUUGGUUAGCAGUGUGAAUGGAGGUAUUUAAUGCUUCUCUUGAGUACUGCUCCAGGAACAAGUUUUAGGGGAUAUUCUUUCCCAUUAAAAUCAAAGAUUUUUUCAUGUCUAUUUGCAGUCCAAGUGUGCCAAACUGUGAAUAGUUAGCUGGCGGUAGCUCAACGAAACAGUGCAGUGUUACUCUUGUCAGACUAAUCCCACAAUUCUUAGCAGUGAAAGAAACCACUGGGUAGCAUUGCUUCUCUAAAUUUAACUGGCAUGUGUUGCCAUGGUGACUGCAUUUAAUUAAAUGUAGCCUGUAUCUUAAGUUAAUAAAACCUAAUGCUGCUGUUAAACAGUUAUUUUAAAUAUUAAAAUACAGUGAGUUAGCAACAGCUAUGCUGUAUUUUAAGAGACACUUUAAUGGAAGUGCAAUCAUAGUUCUUUGUUUUCAUAAUUCUACAAAGCAUUCUAUGCACUAAUAGUGCAAUUACUUUUAAUGAUAACAUUUUAUAAAAAUAGAGGAAUACAGAAUUUUCAUAUAUUAGCCAGUCCCAUGAUUAAAGUUCGGUUAACACAUUCUGCUCAACAUGUUACGGUGCCUUUGCCUAACCCAACUGGAUAGUUGCCACAGUUAAACAAGUAAUUCAAAUUCAGUGUCUGUUCUGGAGUAACUAUGCUAUUAAUUGCAAAGACCUCCAUAAAACCACCCAUGGCCUUGCCUUUACAGUAAAUAACUCAAUGUUCAGUCAGUGUUUUUGCAUAAACAAAACACUGCUAGGUAUUUGUUCAAUUGCACAAUAUUCAUUUGCUAUGUGAUUACUGUUUAGUGUAAAAAAAAAUAAAAAAUAAAAAUAAAAAACUCCACAGAAAACCCUUUUCCUAGUUGUUGUACCGUGAAGAAAAAAAAACAACUGGUUUUAGAUUUUCUUAAAAGCAUCAAUCUACGGUUAGUGAGAUACAAUGGUACACUAUGUAACUACAACUAGAGUAAGUUGUCAAAAUGGCUGUUUUAAUUACAUAUAAUCAAAACUUGUCAUGACACGAGCAAAUUACAUACGCUCCAUUUUAAUUUUUGCUUAACUGUUACCAGAGAUUUGUUGAUAUGAUAUAAAAGUUUAUUACUACUGAGUGUGUAUAGGGAAGUGUCAUGAUAGCAAAGUUUAUGUACUGAUUACUGUGAGUUCAAGU